AUGUCCCGACUGACUCCCCAACACCUCUCAACGAUUCGGUCCUACCUCCGCCAUCUGAGCCAGUUCCCAGACCCAAUAACACGGGCGUAUCUCUUGAACUUGCUACAUCAACGUUGUCGAAGACCUCAUGGUUCAGAUCCUCAAAGGCUGGAAAAACGAAUCGAGAAGACAAAACAUUUCAUUGAAAGCGUUCGACUCAAGAUAGCUGCCGCAAACUCGGGCCAUGUGAACGUAUACGAGACUUUACUAAAAGAAGCGUUUGCACGAGUUGGAGAGAGACGGAAGGAAUUCAUGCAACCAUACUUGGAAAUGGUUCCAGGGAUCGCCAAAGAAGACCUACCGUAUCCAUCGUCCGAGUUCCCGACCUAUUCGCCAGCUCUGGUGGCUCUGCUCAGCUGUCCAGAUGCAUAUCCGGGACGAGGACGGCCGUCGAUUGGCGACUUGCAAUCGAUCCCUCCAGGCACGCUGAUCACCAAUACCUGGUCCGACCUUCCUCCCGACCUGCAAUCGCCCGCACCACCCAAGGCAGCACACAUGGGAAUGCUACAUGAAGCCAGACAGAUCAACAAACGGCGCUGGCUACGUGACCGCUGGUUGGCCGGUCUAAUUGGCCCACCUCUCGCAGUCCCCCCUGAACUCGAAAGCUCACUACCUCCCAAGAUCCUCGAACAAUCCGCAAAGAUGCUCUCCCAGUUAAAAAGCCGAGCUGCCGAUGUCGGCCCUGCUGGUUCCCCGCGCUAUGCCUCCGGUCCAAAACAGAAACCCAAGUCGACAUUGGCUGAGACACCCAGAUCCAUCCCCACGCCUCUCAUCCGAAUCCCCCCUCAAAUCCCCAAGUCACAUCCCCUGAGCCCAACACCGACCUUUCCCGAGGCCCGCGAAAACUGA